AUGACCUUGCUUCAACGUACUCAUCACGUUGAACAAUGCUUGGAUCAUCCACAAUCGAACGAGAUCUCUCCCUUGACUUCACGUGAUCUGGAAGACGACUUGUGGGAAUCCGAAGAGCCCGCUUCAUCGUCUCGGAGAACAACGCCUUCGCCUUCACCGCGGCAACGCAAACCCAGCGCAAAGCUGCGAGUGGAUGUGCGUGGAAAGAGCCAUCACGUGCUUGUGGACGACGGCGACGAGGCUUUCUACACGUCGCUCGUUGCUUCGUACUUGUCUUGGCGGCAAUUGGCUCUUUCGCAAAGCCCCUUAACGGACGAAGCGCUUCACAAAUUUCAAAAUCUAGCGAGCGCGUUGAACGACUGGAAUCAAUCGCUCGCCUCCUCGCUUUCGCCCUCCAAACUCCAAAAGCAACUCAAGUCGUUUUAUCUUUCGGAGCCAGCGCUGCUCCUGCCUUCUGGCCACGCGGUUCCCUCGCAUCUCUGGGAGGUUCUCUACCCGUAUCAACAGAAGGGAGUGCAGUGGAUGCUGAAACUCCACGGCCAGCUCGUAGGAGGAAUCAUCGCAGACGAAAUGGGACUCGGCAAAACGAUUCAAAUCAUCGUCACGCUCAUCGUUCUGAAGUUUACAAGCGAGCUUCGACGUGCUGGCCGCGAUCUUCUUUCACUUCCACUCGCAGAAAAAGACUUUCCUCCAAACGCCGCAGAAUCGCUUCAUCUCAAUGAAUCGAAUCGCCCCUCCUUGAUUAUCGUUCCAGCGACUUUGCUCGGCCACUGGAUCCGAGAGCUCCAUCGAUGGUGUCCUCUGCUCCGCUCGGUGGUUCUCCACAACUCCAGCCAGUCGGUUCUGGAGGGCGAAACCCUGGCGUCGAUUUUACAGCAAAGCGAGCAGCAGCAGCAGAAGAAGAAGAAUCGCUAUGACGUGAUCAUCACGACCUACGAAGGAUUCAGGAAAUCGUCGCUGUAUCGCCGAACGAACUGGUUUUAUGCGGUUUUGGACGAGGGCGGAAAGAUUAAGAAUGCGAAAGUCACAAUCGCGCAGGAAUGCAAAAAGCUUCGGACUGUUCAUCGCGUUCUUAUUUCCGGAACUCCGCUACAGAACAAUUUGAAAGAGCUGUGGUCGCUGAUUGAUUUCGUGUUUCCUGGACGGCUCGGAACGCUCGAAGCCUUUGUUAGCGCGUUCGUUGUCCCUAUUUCGCGAGGCAUUUACUCGAAUGCAUCAGCGAAGGCAGCGAAUUUAGGAUAUCAAUGCUCGCUGAUUCUUCAAGACUCAAUCAGUCCCUACAUUCUACGCCGACUCAAAAAGGUAGAUUUCGACAUUGUUGAUGAUAACCAGGAUGUAAAGAAGGAAUUGCCUCCCAAAACAGAGCAAGUAUUGUCGUGUCUCCUCUCUCCUGAACAAGAAAAAUGCUAUCUCGAAUACCUCAAAAGCGAUUUGGUUCAGGCUUCGUUGAUCGGUCGCUCCAUGCCUUUCAAAGCCAUCAUUCGACUGCGGCAGAUCUGCAACCACCCCGUGUUCUUUCGCCUGUUUCACACAGAAACCACCGUCACCAAUCCAAUCUAUCGCUCUGAAGAAACACCCAAAGACGAUCCGAGUGGCCUUUCUCCGACCUCUCAUGAAGUGUUCAAUGACGAAGCCGGGGAUUCUGAGAUGGACAUCGAUUUCGAUGCAGUGGAUUGGCGAGAAUCCUCCAAGAUGAUUGUAAUGAACGAAGUGCUUCAUAUUUGGAAGAAGGAGGGACACAAAGUGUUGAUAUACACGCAGACCGUCUCCAUGCUCACCAUCAUCAUGAAAUACGUCGAGGAACAGCACUUUUCGUAUUGUAUGAUGGACGGCAGCACGCCUGUCGUGAAACGCCAAGCUCUCGUCGAUCUCUUCAAUUCCGAUCCGACAAUCUUUCUGUUUUUGCUGACUACGCGAGUGGGAGGACUCGGAAUCAAUCUCGUUGGGGCCGAUCGUGUCAUUCUUUUUGAUCCUGAUUGGAACCCAUCCGUCGAUAUUCAGGCGCGCGAGCGAUGUUGGCGAAUCGGGCAGCAGCGUCCGGUCACCAUCUACCGCCUGAUCACAAGCGGGACGAUCGAAGAGAAGAUUUAUCACCGCCAAAUCUUCAAAACGGUUCUUUCGAAUCGCGUUUUGGGAGAAGGAAACGAUCUCUGCUCCUUCACUAGCACCAAUCUGAACGAUUUGUUCACAUACAGUACGAAUCAUUGUCUUCUUUUCACAUCCAGCCAAGCGAGAGCGAGGCACCGAAACGGGAGAGAUCUUCCCGGAAGGCGAGAUCCUUCCAGACACGCAAAUCCCCGCGGUUGUCGAUCAGAAACCAAUCGACGAAGACAGCGAGGAAGAGUCGGCGGAGGGAGGCGAUAA